UGGGGAACACGGCGCGAUGCCCCUUCAGUGCCAGCAGAGCCCGGUGCUGGCAGGCAGUGUCGCAUUGGCCGCCCUGGGGGCCCUGCUACUGUACUUGGGAGAGCCCUCCGGCUACGGGAAGUACACAGGGAGCCCAAUGCCCACGGCUACCCGUCUGCCAGCCCGCGCCGCCUGGUUCCUGCAGGAGCUGCCCUCCUUCGUGGUACCGGCCGGGAUCCUCGUCGGGCAGCCCCGCGCUCUCUUUGGCCCGCCUGAGACUGUGCUUCUGGGCCUCUUCUGCGCACAUUACUUCCACAGGACAUUUGUUUACUCAUUCCUCACUAGAGGGAGGCCUUUUCCAGUCGUGUUACUUUUCAAAGGCUUCGUCUUCUGCAUGGGGAAUGGACUCCUGCAAGGCUACUGUCUGACUUACUGUGCUGAAUACCCUGCUGAGUGGUACACAGACAUACGAUUUAGCCUGGGCGUCUUCUUAUUUAUUUUGGGAAUGGGAAUCAACAUUCAUAGUGACUAUAUAUUGCGCCGCCUCAGGAAGCCUGGAGAAAUCAUCUAUAAGAUUCCACAAGGUGGCUUGUUCGCAUACGUUUCUGGAGCCAAUUUCCUUGGCGAGAUCAUUGAAUGGAUCGGCUUUGCCCUGGCCAGUUGGUCCCUCCCAGCACUUGCAUUUGCGUUUUUCUCAUUUUGUUUCCUUGGGCUGCGAGCUUUUCACCACCACAGGUUCUACCUCAAGAUCUUUGAGGACUACCCCAAAUCUCGGAAAGCCCUCAUUCCAUUCAUCUUUUAAAGAAACCAAAAAAAAAAAAAAAAAAAGGAACAAAGCUCCCACGAUACUGUAAAACCAUCAAGUUGCUUAACCUGUAACGUUUAAGGUUCCAACAUGUACAUACAUACAUAUACAUGUACAUAAUAGUAGGCCUCUUGCUGUGUGACAGCUGGCCCGGAGAAUCUGCAUGGCACCCACUUACAUCUCACCGCAGGGUUCUCUCUCCUGACCUCCUGUGGAAGCUUCAACAAGCUACUUCUCCUAGUGCGUGCAAAGCUUCCUUAUGUAUUUUGUCUUUGUGUGAUCCAAGAGCAUGUGGCUUUAUACCUGUUCUCUACCCAUGUAAGACAGCUCUGUAGUCAAGAAAGGUUGGGGUUGAAGGCAGUGUGUAUAGAAUUUAUGCAAGAUACAUAUUUUACACCUAUACAAAUUAACAGAGAUUUAAAUUCGGAAGCUGCACGGCCCCAGAGAAAAAUCUACGGCCAAAUGAAAACACAGUCCCACCUUCAUUUUCUUUAGUUAAUGGUGAGAGAUGUGACAUGAUGAGGUAGACUUUUAAUAGAGGAGUCCUCUCUUCAUAUAGCUGUAAAUGUCACCACCCAUUGACCCCAUUUUAAACUUGCACGUUGUCUUCGUGCCUCCGUCUUCCCGAAGAUAUUUCAUCAUCCCUGUCAGAGAAAUCAUAGCCUGACUCAGAAAACUAGUGUGGGUUUUAUUGAAGGUCAGGCUUUAAUGACCACAAAGAAAAAGACUUGACAGCAGAUGGCUACUGAGAGAGUAAAGAAGUGUUUUAGAGUAGCUACUGCGAACUCUCAUAUCCUUGGAAACUGGUAGAAAUAUCCAAACAAUGAGCAAGCAUCAAAUAAGGAAAUUUCUGAGUAAGAUCAGAUGUUACUUGCCUCUCCAGUGACCAUGAAGCACAUCAGAAGCACCCAGCAACUUUUCCCUUCUGGAAUUUCUUCACCACAGUCGUCAGGAUCUGAUCAAGAAGGUGUAUCUUGAGCAGUAGUCCUCCAAGGUCCGAAGAGCAGAGGCUGAAAGCUGCAACCAGAGGCAGGAACCUGGGCAGAAAACCUGUUUUGUUUGGCUUAGACAGUGUUUCACACAUAGUUGGAUUUUCUUUUCGUUGCAUUCAAAGUUUCCAAAAAUUAAACAUGAGGAGGUUUCUACAUUCUAGUUUUCUUUUAAAAAUUGGGGGAUCUGGGCCCAUGGAGCCUGCUACAAAGUGGGACAGACCAGUUAGUUCACAUUAGAAUUUGCAACCUCUGUGGGGGGAAUUAGCCUAUUAUGAGUGCUGAAACAUUGGGGUCUGGAAGGAAAGGGCUGAAAACUCAGAAUCAGAAGGUAUGAAGAUGUUUGUCUUCCUCUGGCUUAGGUCUGGGGCAGGCAUCAGUAAUAUUUAGUAAGCUCUUUUGAGAAAUGAGCACCAGUUUUAUCAGAUGUGCUAACUGCAGAAAUUCAUUAUAUGACACAUAGGUGGGGAGCACACAAUGUGAUAUAUGUAUGAGGUAUUAUAGAAAUGUACACUUGAAAACGAUAUAAUUUUACUAACCAUUGUCACCCCAAUAAAUUUAAUUAAAAAAGAGACACAUAGGACACUCCAA